AUGUCUCAACCGCAAGUGACCGCUCUUGACCGUCUCAAACUCUGGAAAUUCAGUGUCUUACCUCUACAAGUAAAAUUCCAACUCACUUUCUCACUGUUCACGAAGGCCCUUUUCACCAUCACCAUUGUCGCUUCGAUCUCUCUCUUCUCUUACUCCACCUUCGAAUGGCGAAGCCUCUAUUCCAACAGUAGUCACACGUUUAUAAGAUUCGGGGAAGACACUUCUGAAGAAACCAAUAUAUCACAUGUACUGUUUGGGAUCAGUGGGUCGGCGAAAACGUGGAAUAAUCGCCGGCAUUAUAGCGAGAUAUGGUGGAAGCCUAAUAUCACCCGCGGGUUUGUUUGGCUUGACGAGGAGCCCGCAAGCGGCGAGAAGUGGCCGGAGAAGUCACCGCCGUAUCGAGUGUCGGAGGACACAGCGAGAUUCAAGUACACGUGUUCGUACGGCCACCGAUCGGCUGUCCGGCUUGCGCGCAUAGUGAAGGAAAGUUUUGAGGUAGGGUUAGAGGGUGUGAGGUGGUUUGUGAUGGGCGAUGACGAUACAGUGUUUUUCCCAGAAAAUUUGGUGACUGUUCUGGGAAAGUAUGAUCAUGAUGAGAUGUAUUAUAUCGGAGGGAAUUCAGAGAGCGUUGAGCAAGAUAUCGUUCACUCUUAUAAGAUGGCUUAUGGCGGUGGCGGGUUUGCCAUCAGCUACCCCUUGGCGGCGGAGCUAGUGAGGGUUUUGGACGGCUGCAUUGACCGGUACGCGGCGGCGUACGGCUCCGAUCAGAAGAUCGGUGGUUGCAUGAGUGAGAUUGGCGUCCCGCUUACCAAGGAGCUUGGUUUCCAUCAGAUUGACAUACGAGGAGAACCAUAUGGAUUGUUGGCAGCACACCCUGUGGCGCCGCUAGUGUCAUUGCACCACCUAGACUACGUGAAGCCAAUGUUCCCAGACAAGAACCAAGUCGACUCUGUCAAGGAACUGGUUCGAGCAUACAAAACGGAUCCGGGUCGGACCCUACAACAGAGUUUCUGCUACGACCUGUCAAGAAACUGGUCCAUUUCAAUAUCCUGGGGCUACACCGUACAACUCUACCCUUCUCUGGUGACGGCAACGACACUGGAGACAGCAUUUCAAACGUUUGUGACGUGGAAAAGCUGGAAUCGGGAGCCCUUCACGUUUAAUACCCGGGUACUCAGCACCGAUCCGUGUGAGGCCCCGGUUGUUUAUUUCUUGGACCAGGUUGAGGUAGUCCGAACGGAUCAAACCUUGAGCAAGUACAAGAGGGUUUCUGGUGACUCGACAAAGGAAUGUGCUCGAGCAAACUAUCUUCAGGCUUUGUCUGUUCAAUUUUUCAACGUCUCGGCGCCGAUCUUUGAUCCCAAACUAUGGAAGAAGGCAUCGCGAAGGCAGUGCUGCGAGAUCGUCAACAACGGCGCAGGCGCCAUGCAUAAUGGCGUUCAUGUCAGGAUUAGAGGCUGCAAACGCUGGGAAUCAGCAUCACCACCAUAA